AUGGACAUCGAUCUUAAUUCGAGUUUGCUUUACUUGAAUGUCUCCGAUCUUAUGGCUCAUAUUGCAGUGAUCGAUAAUACUUCAGAGAAGGUUGAGAAACUCAACGAUUAUGUUAAGGAAUUAAAUGCUGAGAUGAUAAGGAUCAAAGAAUCAAACUGCCAUUCCCCUCUAUGCAUCCUCAUUUUAACUGAAGCAAUCCAAAAAUUGGAGAAAGAGAUUCAGCACUACUACAAAGAUAUGAAGGAUAAUAGAGAAAUAGAAGGACGUGUGACAUUGGAAAAUGGUAAUCCUAAGGGAGCAGAAAUGCCGGGAAAGUCAAGUGAUGCUAACAAAGGGAAUUCGAUGAGUUCUAUUCAACUUGGAGGAAAGAGUAUUGCAUAUGAUACAACUAAACAAACUGAUGCAGUGCACGACAACUCAUCGGGGUCGAUGCGAGAAAUUGCUGGGUCAUAUGAAAAUCCAAGAACCCAGAAUAAUGUGAACAUUAACCAGAGCGGAAGUGCUGUUAUACAUUAUCAGGGAGAAUCACGUGUGAUCAUAAGAGAAACCUCCAAUUUUAAUAAUGUUCAGCAUUCUUCUAUCGCAAUGGUUGGUUUGAACUUCAGUGGGAACUAUGUUACACAUGUAAAUCAUCAUCCGCCAGCUUCCAUGAUGGACCCACAAAAGAAACCAAGACUUCGCUGGACACAUGAUUUGCAUCGUGAAUUUAUGCGAGCAGUAGAUGAACUUGGAGGUCCAAAUGUUGCGACACCAAAAAAGAUUAUUGCGAAGAUCCCAAUGCACAACCUGACCACUGAUGAAGUUAAAAGUCAUUUACAAAAGUGCCGGCAACAUGCUCGGAAAAGUAACUUAGCUGCACAGACUACUUCAGCUGCCCUUCCUCACAAUCCUCAUUAA